GAAUGCAAAUAUGGAAUGAAGCAAAACAGUGAGCUAAUCGGAAUUGAAAAUCAAAGCAGACCCAGAAUCCAAAAUCCAAAAAUGUCAACUACAACUCUAUCAUCCCCCUUAACUAAAACCUCCGCCGUCAGUUUUCCUCAGCUUCAGCUUCAUCUUCUUCUCCAUCCAUGGCGUCCUUUCUCUUGUCCUUCUUCUCGAAACAAGAGCACCUGGGGGAGAUGGACCAUCACCACCGGCACCACCAAGAGGAGGAAGAACAGCUUAGUUGCCGGCGCCGCCUUUCCCUCUGACCUCUCCCCUCCUCCCAUCGAUCACGAUCUUCUCGAGAGCUUGGAAACUGCAGGGGCAAAGGUUUCGGAUGACGGGGUCGUCGAGACUUUUGAUAAUGACGAUGAAGCUUUGGAUGCUGCCUACAAUGGAGUUGUGGUAGUUGAUCUUUCACAUUUUGGCCGAAUAAGAGUCAGCGGAGAAGACCGCAUCCAGUUUCUUCACAACCAAAGCACUGCGAAUUUUGAAGUUCUUCAUGAAGGACAGGGAUGUGACACUGUUUUUGUGACACCAACGGCUCGGACAAUAGAUAUUGCACAUGCAUGGAUCAUGAAAAAUGCUGUGACUUUAGUGGUUUCACCUGAGACUUGCAGGAGCAUUCUUGAAAUGCUGGAAAAAUACAUAUUUUUUGCUGACAAGGUAGAUAUCCAAGAUAUCACCAAGAGAACUAGCUUCUUUGUUUUGGUGGGACCUAAAAGCAGCCAACUAAUGGAAGACUUGAACCUGGGUAAUCUUGUUGGACAAUCAUAUGGGACACAUCAGCAUUUUAGUGUUAAUGGGAUGCCCGUAACUGUUGGGGUGGGAAGUAUCAUUUCUGAAGAUGGUUUUUCGGUGUUGAUGUCACCAGCGGCUGCUGGAAUUGUCUGGAAGACUAUUCUUUCCAAAGGUGCUAUUCCAAUGGGCUCUAAUGCUUGGGAAAAACUAAGAGUUCUUCAAGGAAGGCCAGCACCUCAGAGAGAGCUUACUAACGAAUUUAAUGUCCUUGAGGCUGGUCUCUGGAACUCAAUCUCUCUGGAUAAAGGGUGCUACAAGGGACAAGAGACCAUCUCUAGACUCAUAACGUAUAAUGGCGUCAAGCAGAGACUAUGGGGGAUUUUGCUUUCAUCAGCCGCAGAACCAGGCAGCCCUCUUGUAGUUGAUGGGAAAAAGGUGGGGAAGCUGACAAGCUGUGUGCCUGGAAAGAAGGACGGUUCUCAAUAUGUUGGCUUGGGUUACAUCAAGAGACAGGCUGCUUCAAAAGGAGACACUGUAAUUGUUGGCGACAACGUUACUGGUACAUUGGUGGAAGUUCCUUUUCUUGCCAGGCAACAACCAGUAUCAAAAAGCUCAAGUUCGUAAAGUCGAUUUAUUUAAAAAACAAUUAUCUAGAUUACUAAACAAAUCUCCAUUAUCUAUCUGCUUGAUUUGUCAGAAUUCGUUCGGAUAAGUACAUACUCUUAGUGCUUGAAGUAGGAGUGUUAUAAUGCUCUAGAAGUUAUGACCACCGUCUAUAUAAAUAUAUGCAUUUGUAAGAUUUAGACAUGCAUAGUGAA